AUGCCAAGAAGAAAGCUGAAGCUGACAAGAAGGCUGAAGCUGACAAGAAGAAGGCUGACGAAGCUGACAAGAAGAAGGCUGACGAAGAUGCCAAGAAGAAGGCUGAAGCUGACAAGAAGGCUGAAGCUGACAAGAAGAAGGCUGACGAAGCUGACAAGAAGAAGGCUGACGAAGAUGCCAAGAAGGCUGAAGCUGACAAGAAGAAGGCUGAAGCUGACAAGAAGAAGGCUGACGAAGAUGCCAAGAAGAAGGCCGAGGCUGACAAGAAGGCUGAAGCUGACAAGAAGAAGGCUGACGAAGAUGCCAAGAAGAAGGCUGACGAAGAUGCCAAGAAGAAGGCCGAGGCUGACAAGAAGGCUGAAGCUGACAAGAAGAAGGCUGACGAAGAUGGCAAGAUGA